AUGGCGCCUCUUGAUGUCAAGAACUUCAUCAACGGCGAGUUUGUCAACUCCAGCGACGAGAAGACCUUUGACCUGUUCUCACCCUACUCAGGAGAUUUAGUCGCGAAAGCCGUAGAAUCCACCGCUGAGGAUGUCGACAAGGCCGUCGAUGCCGCCAAGGCUGCCUUCCCAGCAUGGUCGGCCAUGUCCCCGUCGCAGCGCGGCAAGCCGCUCGCCAAGCUGGCGCAGAUGAUCACCGACGCGGACGAGGAGCUCGCCAAGCUAGACGCGCUCUCGCUAGGACGUCCGGUCAGCACAUGGUUCGACGGCUACUAUGCCGCAAUGCACUUCCGGUACUUCGCCGAGGCAGCGUAUCCCGUGGGAACGUCGAGCCUGAACACGCCGGGCUUCAUAAACGUCUCGCUCCGGCAACCGUACGGCGUGUGCGCCGCUAUUAUCCCGUGGAACAGCCCGCUGGUCUUCUACAGCAAAAAGCUGGCCCCCGCGCUGGCCGCCGGAAACACAGUGAUCCUGAAGACGAGCGAGAAAGCGCCGCUGUCGUCGGACAAGGUGACGCAGAUGCUCAACGAGGCGGGCUUCCCGCCGGGCGUGGUCAACGUGGUGCACGGCCACGGCGCCGUCGCCGGCGGCGCCAUCAGCAGCCACAUGGGGAUCCGGGCGCUGUCCUUCACGGGAUCGUUGCGGACGGGGCGGCUAAUCCAGAAAUCGGCUGCCGACUCCAACCUAAAGCACCUGAUCUUCGAGCUGGGUGGCAAGUCGCCUGCCAUCAUCUUCGACGACGCCGACCUCGGGCGAGCCGCGCGCGAGACCCAGCACAGCAUCAUGUGGCAUUCUGGCCAGACCUGCAUGGCCAACUCGCGCAUCUACGUGCAGAAGGGUGUUGCUGACGAUUUCAUCUCGGCGUUCAACUCGCUGGCGGCCGCGCGCAAGCUGGGUGAUCCGACGCUGAAGGAGACGGACAGCGGGCCGCAGGCAGACAAGACGCAGUUUGAGACGGUGCUGAAGUACAUAGAGGAAGGGAAGAAGACUGGGAAGAUGGUGGAGCCGGAUACAAAGCUGCCAGCUGAUCAUGCGGAUUUGUUCGUCGGGCCUGCGGUCUUCCUGCAGCAACCUGAGGACAGCAAGGUCAUGAAGGAGGAGAUCUUCGGACCGGUGGUCUGCAUCAACACCUUCGAGACGGAGGAGGAGGCGCUGAAGAUUGCGAACGACACUGAGUUUGGGCUCUACGCGGCGGUUUAUACCAAGGACCUCGACCGUGCUAUGCGGGUCGCCAAGGGCCUCGAGUCCGGCAUGGUGGGCGUCAACUGCACGUCGCCGACGGGGGCUUGGGACAUGCCUUUCGGUGGCUACAAGGGCAGUGGUGUUGGACGGGAAAGCUUCCUGCUUAGUAUGGAUGACUGGCUGGAACAGAAGGCGGUGUACAUUAGGGUUGGGGGCUUGGAGAGCUCAGGGGCGGUCAGUAGCACUCUUGGCAGGUAG